AAUGAUAGUUAGCGCACAGGGUUUAAUCCCAAAAAUACACAUAUACAUAGUGCAAAGUGAGAGACCUCAACAGGCUGAGGUCUUAUGCGAAAGAAAAAGAAAAAUCAAGGCACCGACCUACGCUUAUCUCAGCCCAUAAAAACAAAACUCGCCUCGUUAACGCUCCGCAUCGCGAUCCCGAUGCAGCCGCCAUCGCUCCACCCGCCGCCGCCGGCGGCAGCGGCCAGACCGCGGGGUCGGAAGGGACGAGCCAGCAGGAGGAGAGACCGGACGUGGCACGUCACGGUGUUCAACAACAUGCCCGUGCCGUGGGACAGGGACUGGGCGGAGCUUCCCCAGGACGCGAUCUCGUGCAUCCUCCGUAAGCUGGACCAGGUGGAGCUCCUGCUCGGAGGCGCCGCGGCGGUGUGCCGCUCCUGGCGCCGCGUCGCGCGGCACGAGCCCGAGCUGUGGCGCUGCAUCGACGCGCGCGACCUGCCGGCCGUUCCGCCCUUCGGCUGGCAGGCCGUCCGCACCAAUCUUGUGCGCGCCGCCCUGCGGCUCAGCGCCGGCCAGUGCGAGGUCUUCGCCGCCGAGCUCUUCGACGAUGACCUCUUCCUCUUCCUCGGCGAGCAGGCACCCUUACUAAAGAGGCUGUAUCUCAUCAAGUGUUAUUACGUCUCAAAGGAAUUAUUUGCAAAGGUUAUGCGCAAGUUCCCUCUUCUUGAAGAGCUCGAGCUUUCUAUGUGGUUUGGUAGCACGGAAAUGCUCGAGAUCGUCGCUGAAGCCUGCCCACGCCUGAAGCACUUCAGUCUCAUAAAAAAAGAUCGUUUUUACAAACCUGAAGAUGAUGGUAAUGCUUUCGCGAUUGCGAAGAUGCACGAGCUACGUUCCUUGUAUCUUGAUAGCAACAGACUCACCAACAAAGGGCUGACAGUGAUCCUUGAUGGCUGCCCCCACCAAGAGCACCUUAACGUUUUUGAAUGUAAGUAUCUCAGGAUGGAUGAUGAUCUGCUGGAGAAGUGUUCUCGAGUUAACAUGGAUGGCCCUCGGUACUCUUUGCCAUAUCUGCCUUGCAGUUGCUGUUGGAGUCCUGACUAUCCGAAUCACGAGGAUUAUGAGGAUUACCGCGAGGAUUCUUAUUACUACCUCGGUGAUCACAUCGAUGAUGAUGAUCUUGCAGAACACGAGAGGCUUCUUGACAUCAAGGGCAUGCGAAGGUACUUGCCCUAGUGAGAACGGGUUGUUUUGGUUGGAGUUCCCGCAUACUGUACUCUUGCCGAUGGAAUGGUGGUUCGCUGCAUCAAUUUAUUUCCACCACGGCUUUUCUUAUCCACCUUUUUUCACCGAAGUUUGAUGUCCAUUUAUUCUUUUCGGAGAAGGGAAUACUCAGGCCUCUUCAUCAUGCGAUGCACACAGGCAAUUUGAUGUCCAGUUUUAUUGGAAUAUAUGAUUGUUCCCAAUAAAAGAAGUGUCAACGAUGUGCUUCGUCGUUUUGCUACUGCCAGUUGUGCCAUGUGAAGGAUACCAUCAUGAAAAUUGUACACGGAGGUUCAAGGUUGCUGGUUCUCAAGUUAAACUUCAUUUGGUAGACAUGGCGACAAUCAGGCAUUCGUCCAUCCGUCCUUGCUCUUCCCCGUCUGAAUCAGUGUGCUUUCUUACUUCCUGUACCUCUGGAUAGAUUUCUUUUAUGAUUGAAGCUUUGGUGUUCAUGGCCUGAUCCCGGGAAUGUAACAAAGGCGGAUCAAUCUCAACGCAGUCCGUCGGUCAAAUGCUUGUGCCAAGAACUCCUACUAGAUGCUUAAAAUAAUUUGUGCAUCCAUGCAUGUCAAAACUGUUUCCAUGUAUACUUUUGUCACAUAUAAUGAUGCUGAAUGCCAUGAAUUUA